UGCGCAAUGCGAUCAGAGGACAUUUAAAAACCGUUAGUAAUGAUUUAGUACGCAGACAGGGUUUCCGACCUGCUAAGUGAACCAUUUAUGUCCAAAGUAUUAUGCCUGCUGGGGAUUUAAUACGUGAUUUGUUCAUCAAUAGGUUUUUGUGAUACUGUCCACUACUCCCGAUAUAUAAAGCCCUACAAGGCAUCGAAAAGAAAUCUUAGCAAGAAUUCUCCAGACGUUGAUAAUGGAUUUACUGUUUUGGGGAAUAUUCGUGAAAUACUUGAUAGCGAAAUUGGUGUGCGCUUAUACUUUAACAGAUGAACAUAAUUUGCAAAGUGCUUUACUGACUGGCUAUAACAAAGACUUGCGACCAGGGAUUGACAGAACAUAUCCUUUUAGUGUAAACGCAUCGUUUGCUCUUUUCUCAAUCAAGGAGUUCGAUCUAAACAUAGGGAAGUUUACCAUUACAGGCGUAUUUCAGUUAACUUGGUAUGACGAGAGGCUUUCAUGGAGUCCGGCCAGCUACAACCAAACAAACGCAACAUCGAUAUCACAGAGUAAGCUAUGGCUUCCCAAUUUCAUCAAUACAAAUCCUUUCGAAGAUGUGAUUGGAUUGGGAAGUGAUUUGAUAUCGAUUAGAGUGUUAUCCUCUGGACUUUGUAAUUGGUAUGCUAUCCAAGCGUUUGAGGUCAUUUGUGGUGCUGACGUCACCAAGUAUCCAUUUGAUACACAGUAUUGCGAAUUGAAAUUCUUUAUUUGGGGGUAUGAUCCACAAGAAAUUGACGUGAAUUUCAUAUCGUCCACGGUUAUUUUGACUUUAUAUCAAGAAAACGGCAUAUGGGAAAUCACGGACUCUGCAACCCACACGUAUGUAAACGUGUACGGCUAUGAGGAAAUCAUUGUUGGAUUUCAGCUGAAACGAAGAACAGCAUAUUAUAUCUCUAGCCUGAUUUUGCCAAUGAUCUCCAUUCAGCUGCUGUUGGGCUUCGUUUUUCUCCUACCCGUGGAAUCCGGUGAGAGGUUGGGAUUUUCCACUACAAUCCUCCUGUCGAUCGUCGUCUAUCUGACAAUAAUUCAAGAAAUGUUGCCCGAAGCUUCAGAACCGAACGUGAGCAUGUUGAGUUACAUCCUGGUUAGCUAUGUGGUAAGCGGAUCAUUUCUUGUGGUACUUGUUAUCAUAAAUCUGCGAAUACAAAACUGUCCCUGCAGCAAUGUAGUCCCACAAUGCAUUGCCCGGCUGGUUAUAUUUUGUCGCAAGAGAAAACACAAUGCAGACGCAGUUGAACCCGUUGAUUCAAAGUCUAUCAUGGACUUUGAUGGAGAUGAAAAUGAUAAAGUGACCUGGAUUGAAGUUGGAAGGUGUUUUGAUAUAAUAUGCUUUCUGAUUUCGCUCAUUCAGUUUACAAUUACAGGAAUAACUUACAUGGCUUUGGUUAAUCCUUAGCUCCCAUAAGUGUGACGUCACGGCAUGAUACGAUUUAUCACACAACUAUACUUUACAUUAUAUGUGUGACGUAAUGUGUGAUGUCAUAGUGUAUGAUAUUGAUGUUGUUUGUACAAAAUAAUUCAUGGUAUGAACGACAAAAAGCUGAAUAAAGCGAUAUAUAUGUGU